AUGAAGCUGCAGGUGAAGGUGAAAAGCGCCACCUCUUUGUUUGAUAUCUGGACCAAGUACGCCCCCCGGCUGCCGGCUGACUUCUACCACGAGAAGCUGCUGAAGGUUGGGGACAGCCUUUGCCAGAUGAAGGAAUACAAGCUGGCCCUUCUGCAGUGCUAUGGGCGGUAUCUUCAGCAGUUCAACCCUGAUUUUGAUGAGAAUAAAGCAGACGUGAAUCAGUUCAAGGCGGUCUUCUUCCCAAAAGGCCUUGGAGAUAAAGCUGCCGGCCUCACGUUUCAUGCUCUGAGUGGCAAAAACAUGUGCACCUACCAGCUGGUCUGCGACGGUGACGCCAGCCUGCGGAAUGAGGAGUCUGUGACACGGUGUCUGCACGUCCUGUCCUCCCUGCGGCUCAUCCUGCAGGCGGCCCUACCCCAGGAGCACCUGUGCUGGAUCGUGUUCAAUGGUACCGUUCACAUUUACACCAUCUGCAGAAAACUCAUGGCCAGAGGUCAGUCUUCCAAGGCUCUGGAGUACGUGCUGUGGGCCAGCAUGUGCAUGGAGUCCUCCGUCCCGCUGUUGGCGCUCAGGCACCUGGCAUGGCGGGCCACCCUCUACGUGGCGGUCUGCCAGUGCUACUACGACUGCCAAGCUGGCAUCCACGGGGAGGCCUUUGCUCGGCGUGCGUUGGCUAAAAUUGAUGAGCUGAGGCAGCUGGAUCUGAUGAGUUCUUCACACUCGUGUGAAGAGUACAGGAGACACUAUAGAGAGGCCACAAUAAAGAUGGCAGUGAUGAUCUUCAAAAGAGGCGUCUUUGAAUCCAGAAGGAAGAGUAAAGCUCUCUUUAGACCGAAGAUGAGAAUUAACCUGAGGGAAGCACAAAGUCUCUCCUGGCCGCGCACCACCACGGAGCGGCUGCUGGACGAGAUGUUCGACAGUGCCGCGGCCCGCUUCCUGGCAGUCGUGGAGGCCUUGUCCGACUCCGGCAGGCGCACGCUGCAGACCGGGCCGCUUGGGACGGAUGAGGUGGAGCUUCGGGAUGUAGUUGGCGAGCUGUUUCUGGCGGGAAAGGAGCUCCUGAUGGUGUCAAAUGCUGGUGUGAAUGGAACACUUGAUUUCCCAAAAACGUCUCUCCUGGAACUUAUGAUAGAGAGAAAAAAUGCCAUUUCUUUGGAUGUUGCUGUGAAGUUUACAAAACUGGCUUUUUCCUACGAGGAGUGGAGUUUAUUUGAAUCUUCUGCUGUGUACCUUCUUUAUUUUCUCCAGGGACAGGAUGACCUAGAGUCAAAGAGAGCAGAGAAGGACUUGACACUUCUGAUUGCCGUCGAGCCACUCAUUAACGCCAAGAGAAACAGAGGUUUGAUCUUUCCCUUGGAAAACUACAAAGAAGGACAGACAGCUCACAUUUACUCUGAAAAAAUUGCUCUUCAUGAUACUGGUCUGAAGACCUCUGGAUGUCCAGAAGAUGUUUCCCACCUGGCAGCGACCUUGAAGGACUGUGUCUGCUCCUCCCCCCAGGACGUGCAGCCCGAUAAAGAAAUCGUGGUGGACAUGAUCAUGCUCCUGUGGCAGAAAUGCAAGCUGGGAAUCCAGCGGGCCAACACGUCCAGAAGCAGCUAUGCAAAGCUCGCCCAGAAAACCAGCACUAACAAGUGGAUCCAUCUUCUGUGGCAGAUAAAUGAAAUCAUUCACUGCUAUAACGUGGAAGACAUCGACAUCGUGGUGGUGGCAGAGGUCACGUUACGGUUAAGUGAGAUACUGGAGUCUUUGGGAAGCCCAGGAAGAAAAUUCAGAAAAUCUCUAGACGCACCUUCAAAGAAAGGGACUGACGAAUCCCCGGAGACUCCAAAAGGCAACCCGGAAGUUCUUUCGAUAUUAAAGAAAACAUCUGUGGAACAGUUGCUAUUUGCGUAUGAACUCCUUGACAAAGCGAUUGGUGGAAUAAAUUCGAAUUUCAUGUUAACGGCUUUGUCUAAUGGAUCAUCUGUAAUUGACCACUGCUAUGCCAAGCAUGCCCACCAGACAGAUGGAGACACUCACAGACCACUUGCAGCAAACAGCUUCCUGAUGGAUUUGCACCUUGAGCUGAUCCAAGCUCAGCACCGGGUCGCCGUUAUGCUUCUUGACCACCUGCAAGUUUUGCAGGCUCCAGCUGUUGGCAAAAAUAUUUCUAUGAAAGGUUCGGAAAAGUUAAAAAAAUCUGGGAACACUGACUGCUUCACAGAAUUAAGUGUAAUGAAUAAAAUAAAGAAGAACAAACUCUCCAAAGCGACUUACUUGAUGCAGAAGGCUCUCCUAACAUUUGAGAAAGACGGAGCCUGUGCACCUUCGUGGGAUCUUUUGGAGGAAGCAUACUCUUUGAUUGAGAAGGUGGAGACAGAACAAAGUGCCCUUUAUUCAAGUCAGCAACAUGUGGAGAGUUCAAAGAGAACGGGGAGCAGAGUGCCCCCCGCCCCUGUCCUGCUGUCCCGGACUCACCGCUCAGUGACACUCAGACCCGCUCCGUUCAGCUCGGAUGUCAAGGUCUCCUGGUACUGCCUCUUGGGCUGCAAAGCAGAAGGAAGUUACGGGAAAGUGCGGCUGAACGACACUCACCUCCCCGAUUCAGGAGAAGCGAUACCAGCUGAUGGCAAAAGCACUUUCGAAGUGAAGGGCUUGGAAACCAACGAGAAUUACGUGUUCGCAGUUGCCGCCUAUUCUGACGAUGGCAGGCUUGUGGGUGAGGCUGUCGGGGAGGCCACCAAGCCCAUCCUGGUCCACCCACCUCUCUCUGCUGUCACGGCCCGGAUGUUCCUGACACAGGUUGCCUACCAGACCGGCCACUAUGAGUUGGCUAAGAAGGUUUUCUCUCCAGUUUGGGGUUAUUUUGUUUCUUCACCACUUCAGGAUGAACAGUCUGUUAUUUGUUUAAGCAACAUAAUGACGAUUACACAGAGAAGGUUACGUUCAGAUAUUUUGGCAGAGACGUCUUCGAUCCUCUUGUACCUUUUUCUUAGAAAUAUUUUUGUAACAAGUGACAUGAAAAUUAAAGAAGAAAAUCUCUUCUGUGAUAACAUUAAAGGCAACGAGAUUUUCCCCUCUCAACAAGCCGCUAGACUGAUGGAGUGCGAGCGGGUGCUCGUGGCGCUGGAACUUAGCAACUUUCUCAAUGAUGCCAGCUACGCCCUUCAAGCUGCCACUCAGUGUUAUGGCCUGCUCGCUCCUAUGAUCUAUCACAAUGUUGUUUUGGUGCCCGUCGUUCAGGUCCUGAUCAAGUGUGUCGUGGCCCUGCAAGGGCUUCCUGGUGUCGUCUUCUCCAAGAAGCACUCCGCGAACUUCGAGAGUGUGCAGCACAUGGUCGCCUGCUGCGUCUUCUACAUCACAAAGAUUCUGCGUUCAUGGAAGGAAUAUGACCUGGCAGUAAUGAUUAUAAAUUACGGGAAAAAAAUGUUGGACGUUACACCAGGGUGCAAGUCUCUGUUUGGUAGUCAUGAGCAAGAAGAAAUACCGGAAGAGGCUUCCUCCAAGAAGUCGGCGAAGACUAAGAAGCCACAGCAGACUCUGUUGCCUGAAAGGAUGGGUGAGCAGCUGGCCUUGCUGGAGACGCACUUGCUCAGACUGGCCAGGCAGUAUGGGACAGCUGAACUCUCAGGAGCAGAGGACCCUAUAUUUCUUUACCCUGUGGUUUUAAAUUGGUCGGUCAAAGGCGCCGUGAAGGAAGUGAUGAAAUUUAAGCAGAGGCCUAGAUUUCUGGAAUUCUUUACACAAGUUAUGCUGAAAUGCAUGAAUGAAGAAAGGUUCCAUCUUAUGAUAGAGAUCACAGCUCCUGUCUAUGACUUCUUGAAAAGGAGGAAUGAGUCCCUACUUGGACUGAAAAAAACAAAAUAUAAGGACAGUGGUUUGAGUCAAAGAGCAAACAAACCUUUGAAGUUCAAAGCUGCCAUAAUGGAGAUCGGAAGAACUGCAGAAAUGGCCCAAAGAAGGAAAAGCAGAAGAAAGGAAACACUAAGAGAAUUCUUUCUAAAAAAUCCAUCCAUCUCUGAAAUGGUGGCUCACGAAAGAAAUAAGAGAGCCGACGUCAGGAAGGUGGCGUACCGCAGCCUGACAGAUCGCCUGAAUCCGCUCAUAUUAAAUUAUGCCAGAAGAAGGCGGUUCCACCAGAUAUUCCUCGAGGAGAUGCCCUGGAGGGCCCAGAUGAACCUGUACCUGGCAGGCGCACACUUUAACCUGAUGUUGCAGAAGCUCAGGGAGCGCAUGAGGACGAAGCUUGGUGCUUCCCACUCGAUGGUCAGUUUCCGAUCAUGUGAUCCCAAUAUAUUCUCACUGUAUAACUCAGGAACAGUGUUACCAACAGGGAAAUUGACCAUAGAGAAUUACAAAGCAAUGCUAGAGUUCCUGCUCACAGCUAAGAAAAGGAAGGCCAACUUACCAUCAGAUGCUGAAGAAUUUUCUGCGUUUAUUAAUUCCCAAAUGAACGAUGAGACUAUGUCCAAGAAGCAGACCGUUUACGACUCAGACUCGCAGUCAGGUUCUAGUACUAAAGAGAAGGACCGGGCGGCCGGUCUGGGCCUGAUGGAUCAUUUCGUGAAGAUCUUCCUGUAUUGCAGGAGAGCGAUGGUCCUUGCGCACCGCGGAGGCUACUGGACUCUGCUGCAGAACUGUUGCCGGGCCUUCUGGAACUUGACCCAGGAGCUGCAGAUACUGCUCAAACAGGCCGUGGACCUCUGCAUGACGUUUCCUGUCAGCCGGGAUGGCUUCCUAUGCACCUCUGUCUUGCCAUUCUAUUUGGGAGCAGAAUUACUCAUCGACAUGUUAAUUCAGCUACAAGAUACCGAUUCUAUUAAG